UGCAACUUCUUGAAUUUCGUAUGGCACCCCCAAGUCUGUUCCUCUUUCCUUCUGACCAGCUCCACCGUCUGUGAGCUUCUGAUUGUCCUUUAUACUGGCCCCUCCUUUUAUAGGCUCAAUUCACCGUAUACCGGUUUUUCUCUUUUUUAGCUUAGUUUUAGCUCUAAUUGGCUUUUAAAAUUUAGUUUGGGCUCAGGAAAAUUUAGAAUUAGUUUUAGGGUGUCCGAAUGAUUGUUAGGUUCAGGUAGGGUUCAAAGGUCAGGGUAGGGUAGGGCAUGGUUAGGGUUAGGAUGGGUUAGUGGGUAGGGACUAUUUGUUUUAGGUAGGGCUGUAGAAACCAACAAUGAGGCGGUUCAGAACAAACCGCCAGCUGGUCGACCCCAAGGGCACGGGCUAGUUAGCAGGGCAACUGCAGGUUUAAGGGAGCCAAAUUUAAGACUUUUUAAGACCUCUUUUGCUGCCAUCUUCCGUGGCCGCAUGUCCAUGAAGGAGGUAGAUGAGCAGAUGCUGAACAUGCAGGACAAGAACAGCAGCCAUUUUGUUGAAUGGAUCCCAAACAACGUCAAGACCGCCGUCUGCGUCAUCCCUCCCAGAGGUCUCAAGAUGGCCGCCACAUUAAUCUGCAACAGCACCGCCAUUCAAGAGCUGUUCAAGCGCAUCUCUGAGCAGUUCACUGCCAUGUUCAGGCGCAAGGCUUUCCUCUAUUGGUACACAGGAGAAGGUAUGGAUGAGAUGGAGUUCACAGAGGCUGAGAGCAACAUGAAUGAUCUCGUGUCUGAGUACCAGCAGUACCAGGAUGCUACUGCUGAAGAGGAGGGAGAGUUUGAAGAGGAGGGAGAGGAGGACCUGGCCUAAAUUUGCUGUUAUGAAGUUUAAAUGUUUGUCGUACAUUUCUGUUUUUCCAAGUUCUGAUGUACGUGUUCCAGUUCUCAUUUACUUUUCUAUGGCGAUGCCUGGGUAAUGAAGCAUAGUGCUCAAAUGUUCAUCGCUGUUUAGCAAUGUCAUGUUCUGAGGGCAGAAUAAAGUUCUUAAGGUGCUUUGUUUGAUCUUUAAUGCUCACGUGCAUUUACACCAGGGAAAUAUUUGGUUUUAUGCUACACUGUAGAUGGUCAACCUCUAAGCACGUCUUUGAGCUUCCCAUUGUCCUGCAACUUCUUGAAUUUCGUAUGGCACCCCCAAGUCUGUUCCUCUUUCCUUCUGACCAGCUCCACCGUCUGUGAGCUUCUGAUUGUCCUUUAUACUGGCCCCUCCUUUUAUAGGCUCAAUUCACCGUAUACCGGUUUUUCUCUUUUUUAGCUUAGUUUUAGCUCUAAUUGGCUUUUAAAAUUUAGUUUGGGCUCAGGAAAAUUUAGAAUUAGUUUUAGGGUGUCCGAAUGAUUGUUAGGAUCAGGUAGGGUUCAAAGGUCAGGGUAGGGUAGGGCAUGGUUAGGGUUAGGAUGGGUUAGUGGGUAGGGACUAUUUGUUUUAGGUAGGGCUGUAGAAACCAACAAUGAGGCGGUUCAGAACAAACCGCCAGCUGGUCGACCCCAAGGGCACGGGCUAGUUAGCAGGGCAACGGCAGGUU